GUCACGGUCAGCGGUUUUACCUUAAAAAGUUAUCGCUAUAUUCUUCGUACGGUAUUUAAUAAUACAUGAUAAAAUUUAUCAAAUAACACGUUGUCUUACAUAAACAUCGAUAGAUUAAUUCAAUUAUUAACGUGUUGAUUUAUUUAUUGAUGCCAUAAUAGCUUUUGAGGAGAUCAUUUGAGUGUGAGGAAGCUAACAUUAAAGUUAGCUCAAGCAUGACAACCAGACAGAAGAAACUAACUCAAGACAAACAGGUGAUUGCUGAGGCGCUGGAUACUGAGGCUCAGUCACUGGUGUUUGUCAAGCGCAUGGUGGUUAUAGCUGUCUCCUCCAUCACCUAUCUGCGUGGGAUAUUUCCUGAGGACUCCUACAGAUCCAGAUACCUGGAAGAUUUGUGUAUCAAAGUCCUCAAACAGGAUUGCUCUUGCCCUGGAGCCCGCAAACUCAUCAAAUGGCUGAUGGGAUGUUUUGAUGCUUUGGAGAAGAGAUAUCUUCAAAUGGUGGUCAUUGGGGUACACACAAGCCCAGAUGACAGUAAUCAUGUCAUUGAGUCCUAUCAGUUUAAGUUCAGAUACUCAGAGUGUGGACCACAGAUGGACAUCCUGAGUAAUGUGAAUGGGGACCUGAGAGUGACCGUAGAGGACACUAAGAAAGCUUCAACGCUCCUGAUCAGAAAACUGUUCCUCCUCAUGCAGAAUCUAGAAGCUCUGCCCACUGCCGUUUACCUCACUAUGAAACUCUACUACUAUGAUGAUGUCACUCCACCUGAAUACGAGCCACCAGGAUUCAAGGCAGGUGUAAAUGAAAGUCUGUGGUUCGAGGGAAGUGCAGUGCACUUCAGAGUGGGCGAACUGCAGUCUCGCUUCCACACCAUGAAGUUGCGUGUGACGGCAGCACAGAGCCGUCUUGGGAAGCUGCAGGAGGGGGGCCAGUUGAGUGAGAACGACACGGAGAUGGAGACACCCUCUCUCUCUCAAAUCAGAGCAGCAGAAACGGUGACCAGAAACUGUGACCAGGACCUGCCAUCUGAAGAUGGUAAGUAUCUAAAACAGAGUUGUUGUUUUUUUGUUUUUUUUUCAGAAGGUCUGGUCUGCUUUGAAGAGUGUUUACUGAAUAUCUUGACCUUUUGCAGAAUCUCUUGCACAGUUUAAACAGCCCAAAAAAGCUAUAGCAAAGGUAAGCCAUUUAUGAUUUAUUUUUUUAUGGAGAUAAAACUGUUUUUUCUAAAUUAAAAACACAUUUUGAUGCUUUUUCAUUAUACAUUUGCACAGAGGAAAUGUGUGAGAAGCAAACUUCCAAGGAGGAAAAAGAAGAAAUGCUUUUAAAACCCAUAAGAAGUUCACAUCAGACACACAUGUUUUUAAAAGAGUUUUUUGGCCAAUAUUUUUGAUUCAAAUAUAGUAAAAAUGGCUUUUUACCAGGUAGAAGUUUGAAAAGUUUUGACUAGGUAAUCAGUUCUGGUGAAUUUAUCCUCAUAUUUUAGGAGAAUUUAUAACUUAUUUAUAAUUUAUAAUGAGGUGACUUCCUGUUUG